UGGGACCAUGAGAGUCUUGAUUGGAGUCCUGUUGGUAGCCUUCGUGGCUGCAGAGCAGAAACGUUCAGCUGACCCUGGAAUUGGUUAUGGGGGACUUGGAGGGAUUGGACUCCUUGGAGGGUUAGGAGGUCUCGGCCAUGGCUUAGGACUCAAUGGAGGAUAUGGUGGUGGGUAUGGUGGUUAUGGUGGUCUCCUGAGCGCUGGUAAUUAUGCUAACGGAUACAGCCACUCCACUGGAUACAACCAUGGAAACUACAUUGGAAACCAAUAUGGAGGUCUGGGUGGGAUCUCACAUGGUCACCUUAACAAACACUUGCUCGGCAAACGAAGUGCUGAUCCCGAGCCAGGAUUAGCACUUGGAGGACUUGGAGGACUGGGUUAUGGAGGCCUUGGACUUGGAGGACUGGGAUAUGGGGGCCUAGGACUUGGUGGGUUAGGACUUAACGGCGGAUACGGUGGUGGAUACGGAGGCUAUGGUGGUCUCUUGAGUGCUGGAAACUACGCCAAUGGAUACAGCCACUCCACUGGAUACAACCAUGGAAACCACAUUCUAAACGGAUAUGGAGGAGCAGGAGGACUGUCACAUGGUCAUCUUAACAAGCACUUGCUCGGCAAACGAAGCGCUGAUCCCGAACCAGGUUUAGCCCUUGGAGGACUUGGUGGACUUGGUGGACUUGGUGGCUAGGCUAUGGAGGAGGGCUUGCUGGACUUGGUGGACUUGGUUAUGGAGGCUUUGGAACUUGGAGGGCUUGGAUAUGGAGGCCUUGGAUAUGGUGGACUUGGUUAUGGAGGCCUUGGACUUGGCGGACUUGGAUAUGGUGGCUAAUGUGAUCUCUUGUACGCCAGUAAUUAUCCACAUGGAUACAGUCGCUUCAAUGAAUGCAUCCAUAUUGGUAAUUCACAUAAAGUAUUGAGUGGACUGUCACAAUGACACGCUAACUUCGUAGGAAAGUAAAUUGCUACUUUUUAGAUUGCAAAGAAAAUAAAAUUGGUUUUCCAGUAAAAUGCAUCUUUUUGGAACGUGCUGUUAUGAUAAGCCUGCUUUGGAAUCACGGAAAAACGAGUCCAGACUAUUGAGAUAUUUUUUUGUAAAUACUUUAAUC